AUGUCAAACCUUACAAAACUUGAAUUUACGGCACUUGAUGUAUCUGGAAAAAAUUAUCUGUCAUGGAUACUAGAUGCUAAAAUACAUCUGCAAGCCUCUGGUCAUGAGGACACUAUUAAAGAGGGAAAUAAUGCCUCUACUCAAGAUCGUGCAAAAGCAAUGAUCUUCCUUCGCCAUCAUCUUGAUGAAGGAUUAAAAAAUGAAUAUCUCAGUGAAGAUAAUCCACUUGUUCUCUGGAAUAGUUUAAAAGAACGCUUCGACCAUCAGAAGACUGUAAUUCUUCCAAAAGCUCGUUAUGACUGGAUGCAUUUAAGAUUGCAGGAUUUUAAAAGUGUUAGUGAAUACAAUUCUGCAAUAUUCCGAAUUAGCUCAAAGCUAAAAUUGUGUGGAGAAACAAUUACUGAUGAAGAUUUAUUAGAAAAAACAUUCUCCACUUUUCAUGCAUCUAAUGUGGUACUCCAGCAGCAGUAUCGUGAGAAAGGGUUUAAGAAAUAUUCAGAGCUGAUUUCUUGCCUUCUAGUGGCUGAGCAGAAUAACGAGCUGUUAAUGAAAAAUCAUGCGGCACGACCCACUGGUUCUGCUCCAUUUCCUGAAGUAAAUGUGAGCGCAUAUAGAUCUCCUCGUGGUCGUGGUCGUGGCCGUGGUCGUGGUCGUGGUCAUGGUUAUGGUCGAGGUGGAAAUAAUUACAACCAUGUCGGUUAUAAUAACUCCUUUAAGCAUAAGAAUCACCACCAGAAGUGGGAUAAGAAGGAGGAGAAACAAGAAAACAGAAACAGUGGACAAUAUAAACAUCAAGUGAAAAAUGUCGAUAGUAAAUGUUAUCGAUGUGGCAUGACUGGGCAUUGGUCGCGUACCUGUCGUACGCCCAAACAUCUUGUUGAGCUUUACCAAGCUUCCCUCAAGGAAAAUGGAAAGAAUAUAGAAACAAAUUUUGUUGCUGAUGAUGAUUUUGACCACAGUCUAAUGCAUAAUGACUCUAUAGACAUGACACAUUUAGAUGUUUCUGAUUUUCUUGAGAACAAUAAUAAUGAAAACUAAUCCAGCAUGUAUUGUAAUGUUUUUAUUAUUUACUUAUGUAUUGUUGUGUUAUUCUAUAAUUUCUUAUGAUGAAUUUUUCUUUGUUUGAAUUAAGAAGCAUAUGGAUAAUUCUCAGCAUGUUGUUUCGUCCAAGUUCAGUAAUGAAGACAUAUGUCUUGUGGAUAGUGCGACAACCCACACUAUACUCAAACACCAAAAAUAUUUUUCAAAUCUUAAAAGAUGUCAGACAAAUGUCAGUACAAUAUCUGGUAAGGUAAAAUUAAUUGAAGGCUCCGGAAGAGCUACUAUUCUAUUACAAGGGGGAACUGUACUUACCAUUAAUGAAGCAUUAUUUUCCCCCAAGUCUCAAAGAAACUUGUUGAGUUUUAAAGAUAUUCGUCUGAAUAAAUUCC